AUGGAGGUGCUACAGUGCGAUGGCUGUGACUUCCGUGCUGAGUCAUAUGACGACCUCAAGGCCCACAUCCAGGAUGUCCACACGGCCUUCCUGCAGCCCACGGACGUCGGAGACGGAGAGGGGGGCGGGAGUCCCUGCCAGUCCAGGUCAGACUCUCUUAACUCCCCCAGCCAGACAGAGGGGGAGGAGGAGGAUGAGCAGAAUGAAUCUCCCCAAACUGAAACGGGCCACUGCUUCGAAACAGACUUUUCCAGCUCGAACCAAAUGCCAUACAACAAGUCAGCAAACCAAUCCAACAAGUCAGCAAACCAGUUAUUCCAGUGUAAGAUCUGUGUCCGUUACUUUAGAUCCAAAUCUCUCUUGAGUAAACACACCAAGAAGGUACAUGGAGCCACACUAAGUGGUGGGAGCUCACCAGCCUCCCAGGCGUCCAAACAGUCCAACUACAACAUCCUCAUCCAUGAUAGUCUUGGGAAAGUGUUCUCCUGCCAGUAUUGUACAUACAAGUCUCCACGCAAAGCCAGGAUCAUGAAACACCAAAAGAUGUAUCAUAAAGGGAAACUUAAUCUGGACCCCCCAGAAUCUCCAUCUGAGGCUGUUGAAGAAUCUGAGGCAUUGUCGUCUGAGGAACCCAGUGAGGAAAUAGAAGAGGAUGUGGUGGAACGUGGCAUCUUGGAGUCCAUGGUUAAACCUCUGGGGAAGUCCAGGGGGAACCAGGCUCUUCGUGGGGAAUGGUGUGAUAACAUGAUGAAAAACAGCAACAUGGCGAAAAGGAUCUCAACCAUCCACCCAAGUGGAGAAGGAGAGGGAAGCGCAGGCUCUUCUAAAUCGGAUUCCCCCUCUUCCCCAAGAAGCCCUCCUAACUCCAAUAUGGUUUCCAAUGACCAGAGUGUUAAUGAAGGCUCCUCAGUAGCCAACUGCUCAGUUUUCAAGCUCAGCAAGACCGCCUCUGGGAUAUCACCCUAUCAGUAUUCACAGAUCCAAUCGGUAGCGCCCAACAGCACAGGAUCUUCCAUUUUGUCUGAAAGGUCCACCUUCGUGAUGUCUGAUGUCUCCAACUCUGCCAUAGAGAUGGAUUCAGGCAUGCUGGAUGACCCUAGGAGCAGCUCUGAAGACGACGACGAACUGGGUGACGAGGAUGACCCCAAAUACACCGACCCGUUGUCAGCCGGUGAUUCUGCUAAGCAGCUUCUGUCUGAGGAGGAUAACAAGAUGCUGGAGACUAAAGGGAUACCGUUCAGAAGGUACAUGAACAGGUUCCAAUGUCCCUUCUGCUCUUUCCUCACCAUGCAUCGCAGAAGCAUCUCCCGUCACAUCGAGAACAUACACCUGUCUGGUAAGACUACAGUGUACAAGUGUGAUGUGUGCCCCUUCAUCUGCACCAGCCCUCUCAAGUUAGGCACGCACAAGCAAAGCCACUCCUCAGACUGGGACACCAUGGACUUGACCAGUGAAAGCCCAGGUCCUCAGAACGAGACUCCAGAACCAGUGAACGGAGGAAAUGUUGCUGCUUCCAAAGUCAAUGGGAAAAAGCUUAACAGUGUGCUAAAUGACCUUAAUCAGCAGAACCCUCACCGCUGUACUCUUUGUAGCUUCUCGACCACCACUCUGAAAGGUCUGAGGGUUCACCAGCAACACAAACACUCCUACUGUGACGAAAUGCAAGCUGUCGUUCUGGAGGAGUCAGCAAAUGAGCAGCAGGACUCUGAAUUAGAAACGCUCUCCAAUUCUCAGAGCUUUGUACAAAAAACCCAGACUUCGAUUCUUGGACUUGGAUCCAAAAAGCACUUAACUGGGAAAACAGCAAGAAAGUCCAUCAACGACCUACCUUUAGAUCUGUCUCCAGUCAAAAAGAGAACUAGGAUUGAUGAAAUCGCCAACAACCUUCAGAGCAAGAUCAGUCAACAACAGGAGGAUCUGGUGAUUCAUCUGGAAGGAAUUGAUGAUGAAGAGGAAGGAGAGCUCAACAUUGAUGAAGAUGUGGGCAGAGACAAGGAGGAGAAUGACAGCGAUAGUAAAAAUCAUGGCUACGUUUACAACAAGCUUUACGAAGGCCGGGUGGGGAAAAGAAAAAGAACCCUUACGUCAAAGCUAAGAAACAUUCCCAUUGCGCUGACACUCUCUGACGAUGAGGACAACGACUCUGCUGAUCCUAAAGCUGAUCUCCAGGACCAGAGCAGCCAAGACAGCCGAGAUACUGCUUUCCAUGAGAACCUGGACUAUUCAGAGGUCUCUGGGGUCGCACGCUUCUAUUGCAAGCACUGUGACUACCACAACAAGUCAGCCCGCAGUGUAAGCACCCACUACCAGAGAAUGCACCCUUAUAUCAAGUUUAGCUUUAGAUACAUCCUCGACCCCGAGGAUCAGAGCGCAGUCUUCCGUUGCCUGGAGUGCUUCAUCGAAUACACCAACUUCAACGAUCUUCACGAUCACUACAUGGAUCACCAUCCAGAAGCCAGCAAUGUGCUGAACUUCAACCAACCAGAUCUGGUGUACAUGUGCCGCUUCUGUUCGUACACAAGUCCAAACGUCAGGAGCUUGAUGCCCCAUUACCAAAGAAUGCACCCUGAAGUGAAAAUAAACAACGCUAUGAUCUUCUCAAGCUACGUGGUGGAACAGCAACACAAGGGUGCAGAAUCUCAAACGCUGAGAGAAAUAUUAAACUCCGGUCCCAAGAGUUUCACCUGUAGCUCUUCCACUUCCACGCCCAAGUCCUCAUCCAGUCCUGCACACAAAAAUGUUGCAAAGACGCAAGAUACAACUGCAGAGACGGAAGCCCUGAAAGAGGGUGGUAACGUUGUGGUGUAUGACUGUGAAGUAUGCUCCUUUGCUAGCCCUAACAUGCACUCUGUUCUAGUUCACUAUCAGAAGAAGCACCCAGAGCAGAAGGCCUCGUAUUUCCGCAUUCAGAAAACUAUGAGGGUUAUCACAGUUGAUAGGCCACUGUCAGCAGGCAGCUCUUCCUACAAUGUCAACAUACCCACCCCUGUGAAGUCAUCCAGCGCCACAAUGCCAUUUGGUACGGAUGAGGAGAUCUACUACUGUAAACAUUGUGUUUACAGCAACCGCUCUGUUGUGGGUGUUCUUGUCCAUUAUCAAAAGAGACAUCCAGAAAUAAAAGUCACAGCGAAAUACAUCAAGCAUGCCAGUCCCACCCCUGGGUUGAUGAAACUAAUGGAUGAGCUACAGAUUGCACCUCCAAAGCAGUUCCUCAAACAGUUCAACAACAACGGAUUCGAUGGAUCCAGUAAUUCCCAUGGUAGGGUUGGCACAGAGAAGGGAGAAGCAGAGAUGCUCUUCUUCUGUCAGCACUGUGACUACGGGAACCGCACUGUAAAAGGAGUGCUGAUUCACUACCAAAAGAAGCACAGGGACGCAAAGUCGAAUGCUGACCUUGUACGCCGGCACACUGCAGUGGUCCGCAGUCAACGAGAGCGAGCUCAGAUGGGCCAGUCAGGCACUGCAGCCUCUGCCAUUGCUCCUGCUGCUCCUGCUGAGAUGAAAGAGACGUCCUCCGAAACCCUUCGCUCAUUGAAGUGCAGGCACUGCUCUUAUACAUCUCCAUACGUGUAUGCCUUGAAGAAGCACCUGAAGAAGGAUCAUCCUACUGUGAAGGCCACAGCCAUGACCAUUUUACACUGGGCGUACCAAGACGGCAUCCUGGAGGCUGGUUACCACUGUGAGUGGUGCAUCUAUUCCCACGGAGAACCCAACGGGCUGCUCUGGCAUUACCAAAGACGGCACCCAGAGCACAACGUUGACUACACAUACAUGGCCAGCAAGCUGUGGGCAGGGCCUGAUACUACUGCCUCCCAGCCGGGAGGGAACGCUGGGGACACUAAGCACUACCAAUGCAGAGAUUGUGCCUUCGAGGCUUGUUCCAUCUGGGAUAUCACCAACCACUACCAAGCUGUCCACCCCUGGGCUGUCAAAGGGGAUGAGUCUGUGCUACUGGACAUCAUCAAAGGUCAAAGGUCCCAAGCGACACUCCACCCGUCGAUGGCUAAAGGACCACCUUUCACUUUUCUUCCGACUGAGCACGAUGAAGGCCCACUGGAUAUCCCUACGCCACCUCAAGAACACCUCCAACACCAUCCCAGGCUCUCCCACACAAGCAGCUCUAUCUCAAACAGCCCGUACCAGUGCACUGUAUGUCUGUCUGAGUAUAACAGCCUACAUGGACUUCUGACACACUAUGGCAAGAAACACCCAGGCAUGAAAGUCAAGGCGGCUGACUUCGCACAGGAAGCUGAUAUCAAUCCAAGUUCGGUUUACAAGUGUCGCCACUGUCCGUAUGUGAACUCACGCAUCCAUGGAGUUCUCACUCAUUACCAGAAGAGGCAUCCGUUGGUGAAGGUCACCGCGGAGGACUUCUCAGACGAUAUAGAGCAGGUUAAAGAUAUAACUGAAGUGGAUGACAAGUGCAAAACCCAAAGACAGGGCUAUGGUGCGUACAGGUGCAAAAUGUGUCCUUACACUCAUGGGACAUUGGAGAAACUGAAAGUUCACUACGAGAAAUAUCACAAUCAACCAGCUUCAGAUAUGUUCAAGACUCCCCACAUGCAAUAUUCCACAGUGAAAGAUGAGCCGGUGGCUGAAUGCAGUGCCACGAGUCUAUCGUCAGAGGUACAAGAGGUCAGCGAAUUCGAACUCGCUCUCACCCAGUUCCCCAUCAACAAAGGAGAGGCCCAUGCUGUGUUUAGGUGUCAGCUCUGCAAGUACUUCUGCUCGACCAGAAAAGGCAUAGCUCGACACUACCGCAUCAAACACAACAAUGUCAGAGCUCAGCCGGAAGGCAAGAACAACGUCUUCAAGUGUGCUCUCUGUUCGUACACCAAUCCCAUUCGCAAAGGCCUGGCGGCUCACUAUCAGAAGCGUCAUGACAUUGAUGCCUACUACACACAUUGCCUGGCAGCCUCCAAGACGUUGACGGAGAAGCCCAGUAAAGUGGUGGUGCCCUUGGCGUCAGAGGCGGAAGGGUCGGAGCUGACCGAGGAGUUACGGUUGGCCGUGGAGAGGAGAAAGUGUUCGCUCUGUGCUUUCCAGGCCUUCAGCAGGAAGAGCAUAGUCUCCCACUACAUCAAACGCCAUCCAGGAGUCUUCCCCAAACGGCAACACUCCAGCAAACUCGGACGCUACUUCACUGUACUCUAUGCCAAAGAACCCGAACCCAUCGAAGAGGUGAACAAAGUGGUGGAGGUUGAACCGAAGCCCGAGCCAGAGGGAGAGGUUGCCGAGUGGCUGCCGUUCAAGUGUCUAAAAUGCUUCCAGCUAUCCUUCAGCACGGUCGAUCUGCUCUCCAUGCACUACAACGACCAUCACAGUGGCAAGGACUUGAAGCGGGACUUCGUCAUCCACCCCAGCCUUACGGAGGAUGGGACGGAGACAGAGCUCUAUCAGUGUGCCCACUGUGAGCUGAAAUUCCUGGGUCUUCCUCUCCUCAGCACUCACCUGAUGAACCAUAACGAGGAGUUCCAGAAGCGGGCGAUGAGGCAGGAGAGGAGGAGGCAGCUCCUUAGCAAGCAGAAGGCAUCUGAGCCACCGGAGACAAAGACUGAGAAGCUGGUGAACAAUACUGACAAAGCUCCGAUUGGCUACAGGUGUAACUUCUGUGUUGAGGUCCACCCCACUCUCAGAGCCAUCUGUAACCACCUGAGGAAACACGUCCAGUACGGGGAGUGCGACCGCGUCUUCAUGUCCAUGCAGGGGCUGAGGUCCCACGAGAGGAGCCACUCGGCCAUGGCCAUGUUCACCAGAGAGGACAAGUACAGCUGCCAGUACUGCCAGUUCGUCUCCCCCUUCAGACACAAUCUGGACAGACACGUGCAGUCCCACCAUGGGCACCACAAGCCUUUCAGAUGCAAGCUCUGUCCCUUUAAGUCUGCCUACCUGAGUCGCCUGAAGAGUCACCUACACAAAGCACAUGCAGGCGAGAACACCUAUAAGUGCUUGUCCUGCCCCUUCUCCUCAAUGACUAUCAGCCAGCUGAAGGAGCACUCUCUGAGGGACCAUGGGGAGGCCCUGACCCUCCCCAGGCUUCGUGCUGGCGCUACCACCCAGGGCCCCCAGACCAGGCCACUCAGGCUGGGCUCAGACCCUCACCAGACACCCCUGACCUCUAACCUUGACGACGCUGGGUAUCUGCAUGAGACGGCGGACGUACGGCAGCAGCUCAGUCACUAUCAGCUAGCAUCUCGUAGUCAUGUGACCACCGCCCCGGCCCAGGGCGCGACCUCCGACACGCGUCCGGAUGGCAUCCUGACCUGUGAGUUCUGUGAGUUCAGUUCGGGGUACAUGCAGAGCCUGCGCCGCCACUACAGAGAUCGACACGGAGGGAAGAAGCUGUUCAAGUGCAAGGACUGCUCCUUCUUCACCUGCUCCAAGUCAGCAUUCACCAUGCAUGUGGAAGCAGGACACACCGUGGUUCUUGAGGAGGGUCACAAAGACCUACGCUGUCCACUCUGUCUCUACCACACCAAAUACAAGAGCAAUAUGAUCGACCACAUCGUCCUGCACAGGGAGGAGCGCGUGGUACCCCUGGAGGUGUCCCGCUCCAAGCUGUCUCGCCACCUGGCGGGCGUGGUGUUCCGCUGCCACAAAUGCACCUUCACCUGCUCCAGCGACCAGAGCCUGCAGCUGCACGUCACCAAGCACAACGAGAUGAAACCCUACCAGUGCCAACUGUGUUACUACGACAGCAGGCAGCGCUACCAGCUGGAGGAACACCUCCGAGACGAGCACAAGGUGAUCCGUAACUUUGAGUCGAUGGGGCGGGUCAAUCUGGAUCAGCUGGAUGCAUUAAAGGAGAUUCGCAGUAGCGCCGAGGAGGAAGAGGAGAGAGAGGAGGAUGGAACGGUCAUGGAAGAAGAGAUGAUGGAGGAGAGAAGAGAUGAAGAGCUAGAGGAGGAAGAGGAAGGGGGAGUGGCAGAAAAGCCUUUUCCUAAAGAUGUCCCUGUGGUUUCCCCUAGCAGCAGCAGUGUGUCUGCCUCCGCUGAGAAGCGUUUCCCCUGUGAGUUCUGUGGUCGUUGCUUCAGCAACAACAUAGAGUGGGAACGCCACGUCCUCCGACACGGAAUGACUGUUACCAACAGCAGAACAACAGACACUAGCACCACUCCAGCAAUAGACACCUCAGCUCAGCUUCUUAUUGGCUCGUUGGAUGUCGUGACAAUGACCGAUAGAGGGAUGGACCUAUCCAGCAACGGCAUGGAGGUGGAGAGAGGAUAUGCCUCUGACGUAUCACAGAGUAGUAAAAAUCAGAAUGAGGAAGACAAAGAAAUACUUGAGACCAAAAAUGACCUAUAGGAAGAGAGGGAAGAGAAGAGAACUGUGGCCUAACAUUGUAGUCACUGUGCUAGAGACCAUAACAUUAGGUUUUAUGGAUAUUGAUGUUGGGUUGGGUAUCAAAAAUAGGCUGCAAAAAAAAAAGUCAAAGGAAUUAUCACCUUUUGGAGCAUUGUUAGCUUUUAAGUGUAACAUAUUGGAAACAAUAGGUUGUGUUCAAUGAUUUAUAUAUACACUAGAUGACUGACAGGGAGCGCUGUUUUGAAGCCGCCGUACCUCCAUCUUGGCUCUCCCCCACCAUUGUGUUGAUGCCACCGCGCCUCCAUCUUGGAACUCCCCCACCAUUGAAAAAAUAUUUUGGAAGCUAUAGAAAUGCAUUUAUAAAGUCUACAUUUGUUUUUGCCACGUUUAUUCUAUACUGAACAAAAAUAUAAAUGCAAUUCAACGAUUGUACUGAGUUACACUUCAUAUAAGGAAAUCAGUCAUAAUAAAUUAGGCCCUAAUCUAUGGAUUUCACGACUGGGCAGGG